ACAGUAAUCCACUGAGGUUGAUAUCAACAAAAUCUGAUGUAUUAGGUGUGUUCAUAGACAGCUCGGAUUCUUCCCUUCGGGCGACCAUGUCAGGGAGUUCAACAGAUCCCGAGCUCUACAAGCUGAUUGAUUUAAACAGAAAGAGUGAUACUUCUGAUGAAGAAUUUAAUAGCAGACCAUCCUGCAGAUUGGACAAGAUGGACAGCAGCUUACAAGAACACAUCGGAGGACCUAGCCCAAGCUUAAUGGAAUCACAACAGUCUCCAGUGAAGAUGAUUGGAGCUUCUCAUAAACCAAAAGAAGUCAAGAGAAGUAAGAUCAGCUCUAAGGUUUCAUCAGGGAAGAGCAGCUCCAGUACAGAGGACAGCAUGUCAUCUGACAGUCGAAGAAGCAAAGCAAAACUUGGACGUAUAAUCAGUAAAAAGGAUACUCCAGGAUUAGGGAAAGCUCCCAGCAUGAGUAAAAGGAGGGACAUUUCAGAUUCUAAGCUGCCCAUUCAAUUAGGUGCUCAUCCAGUUGUGUUGAAUCCUAUUGGUUCAAGUUCAGCCACACCUACAGAUGUCCAUACAUUGAAAGGUCAUAAGAAGGGAACUUUGUCACAAGCCAGUGCAAAAUAUCAAGUAGCUCGCCGACUGGAUUUCAGUCCUCCUACUGCGUCUAGUUCAGAUGUGAGUUCUCCAUCAGAAGAACCUGACAAGUUGCAACAUAGGAAAGUUCCAAGAAAAAGAGCACCUACAGCUAUCUUUUCCGAGUCACCAUCAUCUAGUGAUAGCUUUGAGCAACAGAUUGAGAUACUCCAAGGACCGACUACUCCUUUAUCACGUCCACCAUCAGCAACAGAGCUUCAGGUGCCAUCAACGCUAUGUAUAUCUGGAGCUGUAUCAGUCAUUGGGUAUGAGAAAGAGACUGAUCUGAGAGAAAGAGAAGCAGAAAUAUCUACAUCCAGCCUACCAGCACCGCUUCCUACCCCAGACCUCCUUGCACCAUCUCCAUUCAUGAGGAGGACAGGGCAGCCUCUUCCUCCUGUCAUGGGUAAGUCAUCUUCUUCAUGCCAGGAACCACAGGUCACACCAGAACUUCCAACAAAGAAGCAAGUGAAGAUGAAACAGGAUUCCCUUACCCUCAUGGGGGCAAAGGUAAAACGCCCCAAACCUACCAAGGAUGUCUGGUUCAAACAGGAUGAAACAGAACCUAAGGAUAUGCGGUUCACACCAGAUCAAAGAGCUACAAAGGAAGCCCAGUUCAAACAUGAUCAAACAGAUACCAAGGAAGUCCGAUUCCAACUUGAGCCCACUACCUCAAAGGAGUUCCGGAUGAAAGAGCAUUCUUUAAGUAACAAGGACAUAACAGUCAAAAUGAUUCAUCUUCCCACAAAGAAGUAAAGUUCAGC